GACCCGAGAUGGGGCAUAUAGGUGGCGUCCGCUGCUGAGAAACACCUAGCGCAGGUACAAGGGUGGCGGCGAGAGGGAGUUCCCACCUGUUGCGCUCUUAAAGAAAUGAAGACUUGAGAAAAUACCAAGGAGGGGCCGAUCGGUGUCUUGCGCGCGCGCCUGGAGCCCCACCCUCGGCCAGAGGAAAAGCCCCUUGGGUGGCAGGCAGGCGCUUCAGAGAAAGCCAGAGGAAAAGCGCCUCUCCCCGCGCGCCACCUCCUGUGCCUCCCACUGCUCCUGCGCGACCGGCCCAGUCUGCACUCCCGCCGCGGCCUUUGGCCCGCCGAGCCUUCCCACCCCGGCCUCCGGGCGCCUCUCGGCGACCUGUCCCCGAGAACUCCCAUGGCGCCCGCCCGCCCCACGCGCUCCCGGAGCGGAGCCCUCUGCGGGCACCUGCUGCUGGCCCUCACGAUCUUAACAUUUACCUGUGAUGCCUGCAAAAAAGUCGUACUACAAGUUCCCUCCCAACUAGACGCUGAGAAAUUUGUUGGUAGAGUUAACCUGAAGGAGUGCUUUCAGUCUGCAAAUCUAAUUUAUUCAAGUGACCCUGAUUUCCAGAUUUUAGAAGACGGUUCUCUCUAUACAACAAAUGCUAUUCUUUUGUCCUCAGAGGAGAGAAGUUUUACCAUAUUACUUUACAACACUGAGAACCAAGAAGAAAAGAAACUACUUGUUCUUUUACAGCAUCAAACAAAGGUAUUAAAGAAGAGGCAUUCUAAAGAAAAAGUUCUAAGACGUGCCAAGAGAAGAUGGGCUCCUAUUCCUUGUUCGAUGCAAGAGAAUUCCUUGGGUCCUUUCCCACUUUUUCUUCAACAGAUUCAAUCUGACACUGCACAAAACUACACUAUAUUCUAUUCCAUAAGAGGACCUGGGGUGGACCGAGAACCUACAAAUUUAUUUUAUGUAGAGAGAGAUACUGGAAACCUGUAUUGCACUCGUCCUGUGGAUCGUGAGGAGUAUGAAUCUUUUGAGCUAAUUGCCUUCGCCACAACUCCGGAUGGAUAUACUCCAGAACUUCCACUGCCCCUGGUAAUCAGAAUUGAGGAUGAAAAUGAUAACUACCCAAUUUUUACAGAAACAACUUACGUUUUUACCGUUUCCGAAAACUGCAGAGUUGGUUCUACCGUGGGACAGGUAUGUGCAACUGACAAAGAUGAACCUGACACGAUGCACACGCGUCUCAAGUACUCCAUCAUCGAGCAGUUGCCAGCAUACCCCACGCUGUUUUCCAUGCAUCCAGCUACAGGCGUGAUCACCACAUCAUCAUCUCAGCUAGACCGAGAGCUAAUUGAUAAAUACCAGUUGAAAAUAAAAGUACAAGACAUGGAUGGUCAAUAUUUCGGUUUGCAGACAACUUCAACUUGCAUCAUUAAUAUUGGAGAUGUAAAUGACAACUUACCAACAUUUACCCGUACUUCUUAUGUGACAUCAGUGGAAGAAAAUACAGUUGAUGUAGAAAUCUUACGUGUUACUGUUGAGGAUAAGGAUUUAAUGAAUACUGUGAAUUGGAGAGCUAAUUAUACCAUUUUAAAAGGCAAUGAAAAUGGGAAUUUUAAAAUAGUAACAGACCCCAAAACCAAUGAAGGAGUUCUGUGUGUGGUUAAGCCACUGAAUUAUGAAGAAAGACAACAGGUGAACCUACAGAUUGGCGUAGUUAAUGAAGCUCCGUAUUCUAAAGAGGCUAGUUCACAAUCAGUCAUGAGCACAGCAACAGUUACCGUAAAUGUAAAAAAUCAGGAUGAGGGCCCCGAGUGUAGCCCUGCAGUGCAAACUGUUCAAAUUAAAGAAAAUGUGCCAGUGGGAACAAAGAGCAAUGGAUACAAAGCAUAUGACCCUGAAACAAGAAGUAGCAGUGGCAUAAGGUAUAAGAAAUUAACUGAUCCGAAAGGGUGGGUCACAAUUGAUGAAAACGAAGGAUCAAUCACAAUUUUCAGAAACCUGGAUAGAGAGGUAGAGAGCAUCAGAGAUGGUAUAUAUAAUAUCACAAUUCUUGCGUCAGACAAAGACGGGAGAACAUGUACCGGGACCCUGGGAAUUAUACUUGAAGAUGAGAACGAUAAUGGCCCAGUAAUACUAAAGCGGACAGUAGUAAUCUGCAAAACUGUCCUGUCAUCUGCGGAUAUUGUUGCUGUUGAUCCUGAUGGGCCUACGAAUGGCCCGCCCUUUGACUUCAGUUUGGAGAGUGAUCCUGAUUCAGACUUAGAAAGAAAGUGGAGAUUGGUAAAAAUUAACGAUACGGCAGCUCGUCUUUUCUUUCAGGAGGACCUUCCAUUUGGAACAUACCGAGUACCUGUCAGAAUCACAGAUAGACACGGCCUGUCGCUCAUCACUCCAUUGAACGUUAUCUUAUGUGACUGUGUUACUGAAAACGACUGCACGCUUCGCACAGAUGCGAGGACCGGCCACGGAGAAGUGAGACUUGGAAAAUGGGCCAUCCUUGCAAUAUUGCUGGGCAUAGCCUUGCUCUUUUGUAUCCUAUUUACCUUAGUCUGUGGGGGUACUGGGGCAGCGAAGCAGCCCAAAGUAUUUCCUGAUGAUUUAGCCCAGCAGAACCUCAUUGUGUCAAACACAGAAGCUCCAGGAGAUGACAAAAUAUGCCCCACGAAUGGCUUCACAACGCAUACUGUGGGCAGUUCGGCUCAGGGAAUUUGUGGCACCCUGGGAUCAGGAGUGAAAAAUGGAGGGCAGGAAACCAUUGAGAUGGCGAAAAGCGGACACCAGACUCUGGAACCGUGCCGGGGGACUGGGCACCAUCACACCCUGGAUUCCUGCAGGGGAGGACCUGUGGAGGUGGACAACUGCAGAUACACCUACUCCGAGUGGCAUAAUUUGACUCAAACCCAUCUUGGUGAAGAAUCCAUUAGAGGACACACUCUGAUUAAAAAUUAAACAAUGAAAGAAGGUGCAACUGUGUAAUCAGGAUGACAAGCAUAAGCAUGCUCAAGACUAUGUCCUUACGUAUAACUACGAAGGCAAAGGAUCGGUGGCUGGUUCUAUAGGUUGUUGCAGUGAACGACCUGAAGAAGAUGGGCUUGAAUUUUUGGAUCAUUUGGAACCCAAAUUCAGGACACUAGCAGAAGCAUGCAUAAAGAGAUGAGUGUAUUCUAAUAAGUCUACAAAAGCCAGUGGCUUUAUCUCCCUCCCACCCGUGCUUUUUUCAUUACAAGCCAGGAUUUUUGAAAAACAGAAGAUGCUAUGUUUCGGGUUUUCCCCUCUUUAUUUACAUUGGAUCUCUUUAGCCAAAUGCGUAUUUACAGAAAAAUGCUGUAUAUGUGUAUACAAAUUUCCCAGGUUUUACAUAGUUAUUAAUCAGUUGUCUUCCACCCAAAGAGACCUACAGAUAGAAAAAUUAAGGAAGUCUACAUUAUUGUUUACAUUUGGGUAUAAUGACAAUAGCCAAUUUUAUAGUGCAAUAACAUGUAAUGAAUUCAAGUGUGUGUCCUACACUACUUAAAGUAUAACCUGAUAGAAAAUUGUGGAGAACUCGCGUUAACAUUAUCUUCACUUACCUAAUGAAUUGUUUGUGUGGUGCUUGAAAACUGCUGUUCUCCUAAACAUUAUAAAGUGUGUAUAUUACAUUCUUGAUAAUGUUUUAUUCUUAUAACAUUAACUUUCUUUUUAAUGCAAAGGGAGAGUCCCAGCCAGGCAUUGACUGGUAAUACAAUUCCAUUUUGGUGGAGUUUAAUUUCUGUGUUUUAUUCUAUAUAAAAUCCUGCACUGAAUCUACGUUUCUGUUACCUACUUUGUCAGAGAAGUUUAAGUUUAAAAACUGCUUUAAGAAUGUAUUUUUAUGGGCGCCUGGGUGGCUCAGUUGGUUAAGCGACUGCUUUCAGCUCAGGUCAUGAUCCUGGAGUCCCGGGAUCGAGUCCUGCAUCUGGCUCCCUGCUCGGCGGGGAGUCUCCUUCUCCCUCUGACCCUUCCCCCUCUCAUGUGCUUUCUCUCUCUCUCACUCUUUCUCUCAAAUAAAUAAAUAAAAUCUUUUAAAAAAAAAGAAUGUAUUUUUACUUCUGCAGAGUUUUGGUCCUUGGUCUCUCUCUGUCUCUAUAUAUCUCUCUCACUAUCUCUCUAUCUCGUCUCUUUAUUUUUUAAAUUUCUUCUUGGGUUGGAGAAUCUAAAUAUUUUAAAAAGCCAUCUCUCUUCUCUUCUAAAGGGAGUGAUUCUGUUUAUGUUUUAUGUAAGUGUAUCAUUCUGUUUUUCUUGAAAUCUGUGUAAUGUUGACAUUAUUGUUUCAAGUAUCUUGGUCAUUGCUUCAUUAUUUCCUCAACAAAGGAACUUUAACUUUGCCGUUGAAACUAAAAAUAAGUCAUGCUUUUCUUAGAUGCAACAUUCUGUGUUAACAAAAGGGUAUUUAAAAUUGAAAUGUGGAUAGUAUAUAAUAGCAUGUUUACAGUUCAUAUCUUCAGUGCAAGGAUAUAGUUUUUAAAUGCGAAAUAGUGAUGGGUUUUGAAAUAAGCUUUGAGGUACAGGGAUCGUGAAAGUUCUCCAGGAAUAAGUAUUUUAUAACUUUUUAGAUGAAACGACUAGUCGUAUCUAUGUGUUUGAGAAGUUGUUGCUUUCUUUUUCAUAUUUUAAGAUUACAGUUUUUAACACAUGUAGAGUGGGCCCAAACUAUUUAUAUUUUGAAACAAUAAGACAAAAUUAAACUAAACAGCCAACCAAGUUCCAGGCCAGGUUUGACAGCUGAUUUCAGUCAAUGAAUUUUCUAUGUAUACCAACCACAUGGACAUUUUAAAUGUAUUUCUGAUAGUAACAAUUGUUAAUAAUGUGCCUAUCUUAAAUUCACAAGCUUGGCUUAUAAAAAUUAUUUUUAAGGAUUAACAUUGGGUAAUUAUCCCAUAGUCAAUUUAUCUUUUUAAUAGUUUUAUUAUUGUUCAGUCAAAAAUACUAUUUCUCAAAGUUAUUUUAAAUAAAUCAUGCCUACAAUGUUGUGUGUUACUAGUUAUGAGAAAGUAAAUCAAGUAGUUUCAAAAUAUUAGUGUGAGUUUUUUAAUCAUGUGUCCAAUGUGACUAUAAUUAUAUUUGUCUUACUUUGAGAAGUGCGUCUAUUCUUUAAAAUCAUGUUCUACAUUUUUCAGAAUUUUAGAGUUUGAUGUGGAGAGAUCAUUGGUCCAUUGUUAUCACCACAUGUAUAUAAUUUUGCUAUUCUAAAGGUUGUCAUGCUAUGGGAUAUUGGUUAAGUUGCAUAGUUUCUCUGUGUGUGUGUGGUUUUUUUUUUAAUUUUAUCAUAAAAUGGGGGCUGAUAAUAUAACUCCUUUCCUAGGGUGGCUGUAAGAAAUUUGAAUUAAAAAAUGGUUUUUAAGCAUGAAA